AUGGCCUCGAAUCGAGGACCCACCGCGACAGAAGCUCAAGCUCCUCGCGCGCCCGCGACGGCGCUCACAGCCCAGAGGUCGCUGAAGCGCGCUCGCGAGACUACCCCGACAUCGCCAGAGUCUGCCCACUCGGGUGAUCUCUCCCCAUCCAAAAUCGCUCGCCUGAUGGGGCUACAUACACCCACUCUGACCGGCGCCGCCGCCCUCGAGGAGGAGAGACGACGGCGAGAGGAAGAGCAUCAGCAUCAGCAGCUGGCCUCGUUGGAGACGAGUGAAAACCCCAACCAUAGGGCGAUUGAAGAGCUCAUGUCGGGCGUAGUGAACGCGUUGAGUCGGUCACACGAUGCACCGGCGCCCGCCCCUCCACCGACGGGGGUCUCAGAGAUCGAGGCAGCUGCCGCCGCAGCGGCCAGGGCCUUGAGCUCAGUCACUAUACCAACGGGGGAGAACCCAAUCAGCGAGCUACAAGAUGUCAGCCCCCAGAGCGGGACAAGCGGAGCGAGUCUCGAGGAUGCUGAAGGACAGGUUGUGCACAGCCCUGCAGCAAUGGACAUUGACGGGCGUGGUGAUCAACGCAUGUAUGCGCCGCAGCCAGAUGCUCAGAUGGAUGAAAAAACGGCCAAUUCUCUUUCAUACCCGGGAGUUCUCUCACCACAGGGCAACAUGCCGGCACCUGGUGCUCCCCAAAGGGGGAUGAGCAUGCCUAUGCCACCAUCCCAGGGCUCCGACAUGGAGCCUCGGUCACCUGGUAACAGCAACAAGAAGCAUAAAUGCCCGUACUGCCAAACGGAAUUUACACGUCAUCAUAAUCUGAAGAGUCAUCUUCUCACCCACAGUCAGGAGAAGCCGUUUAUCUGCAGCCACUGCCAGCAACGCUUCAGACGUCUCCAUGACCUUAAACGGCACGGGAAGCUACAUACUGGCGAAAAGCCGCAUGUUUGCCCCAAGUGCGACAGGAAAUUUGCUAGGGGAGAUGCCCUGGCGAGACACAGCAAAGGAGCAGGUGGCUGCGCCGGGCGAAGAUCAAGCAUGGCCGGCUUUGGCGAGGAAGAUUACGAGGCCAGUGGUGCAGAUGACUCUGCCAUGUCUGGUGUUUUGUACGAUGCCAAUGCGAGCGGCGAUAUGGCGGACGAUGAGCGGCGACGCUCGUUGCCUAGCAUCAAGGCUCAACACGUUCCCGGACAGCCAGGCGUGGACGGCUAUGCCGCGCAUUCCAACACAUAUCCCCCGGUUGGACAGCGACCAGGUGGCUUAUAUCCUCCCAACGUCGACCGUGGUUCUACAAGUUCUAAUACUUCACCCACCGUUCCCAACAACCACACCCCUCACACGAGCAUCUCCUCGGUGCCUUUAAGCGCUGGAGGUGCUUCUAUGUAUUCCCAGAGCGGCAUGACGGAGAGUCCCAAACCCCUGAGCCCCGGAGCAGCACAGGCCAACCAGGGUCUUCUCCAGCGAUCGCCGCACGAGACCCAUCAGGCGGCUUCGGGGCUGUCUCUUCCAGCGCACGGUAUGUCACCAACAGCUAAGCAAGCCUGGCUCUCCCAGUAUCCCCCUGCUGACCGAGAUGCUAUCAAAGGCAACACCGCGCCAACCGCUCAAGCCACGGGACGCGGUCGUGGUCGCGCUGCUAGCGGAGCGGCACCGCCAGCCCAAGGGGCACCUCCUGCAGACGGCAACCUAUUUGGGGCGGAACAACAACAACCUUACUGGGUGUUGCUCCAACAUUUCGACGAGCGUCUGAAACAAAUGCAAGACCAAGUGGCCGCUGAGAUUUCAAAGGCCAGUGCCCCGCUGUUGGAAAAGAUCAAUAUCCAGGAUCAGCACAUUGCGGCUCUGUCCGCCGAGGUGGCUUCGUUACGGCAGCAGUUGCAAGGGCAACAAGAACCGCCGUUACCACAGGGGCAAGAGCAGCAAGAAGCGGAGCAGCCACAGCAUCAGCAAUUACAGGAGCAGCAGCCGCAGCAGCAGCCUGAGGCGCCAAAUGAGGUAGCAGUGCAAGAGUAG